CUAAUAUUUUGAUACUAAGCUUAAAGUGUGUUUCUCUCUGAGCGGCUUAUCGCGGGCCGGCUCCCUGCAGCAGGACGGACAGAGGGCGUGUGGAGACGUGCUGAGGGGAUUCGCCUUAUAACGGGAGAAAUAAAUCCGGCUUCGACCGAGCAGCUCGCGCGCUCUCGCGCUUGUGAGUCCUGAGGGCGAGCGUAACGCGCGCGCGUGCGCGCGCUGGGCUCAGGUGACGCUCGAGCGACGCGCGAGACCGACCCAGCGUUCGGCUGUUGAGCUAAAAGUUUAGCCUUUCUGACACGCUUUUCAGUUAUUAUCUUUUUUCUGUUUAAAUAGCUCGUUUCACGGACCAAUAAUCUUUCGUGAGCCGGUGAUUAAUCUGUAUAAUGACUUCAGGAGCCACAGCUGAAAAGAAAAGACAGAGCUGUGAGCGGAGGAAGGCGAGGUGCCGUGAUGCAGCGCGCUGUAGGCGGGUGAAGGAGACGGAGGUGUUUAAUCAGCUGGCCGAUCAGCUUCCUCUCCAUCACAGCAUCACCGAGAGCCUGGACAAAGCCUCCAUCAUCCGCCUCACGCUGAGUUUCCUUCACCUGCGUUCGGCUCUCAACGCAGUGAUGAUGGACGAGCAGUCCGAGCUGGACACGCAGUGGAGCGCUUCCUGUCUGAAGGCUUUAGACGGCUUCCUCAUGAUUCUCUCUCAGGACGGAGACGUCGUUUACACCUCGGAAACAGUCAGCCGCUGUCUGGGGAUUCCUCAGAUCGAUCUGUCAGGACAGAGUGUGUUUGAUUUCACUCACCCCUGCGACCAUGAAGAGAUCAGGGAGAUGCUGGUCAACAGAACAGGUUCCUGUAAGAAGACAAAGGAUGAGCAGAGCUGCUUGUUGCGCAUGAAGUGCACUCUGACCAGUAGAGGGCGCACCGUCAACCUAAGAUCAGCAACGUGGAAGGUUCUGCGGUGUUCCGGUCACGUCCGCGUGGAGUGUGCGCCGCUCAGCGUGUGUGACGAGGGCGGUACGCCGACGUCGUACCUGGUGCUGAUCUGUGAACCGAUUCCACAUCCGGCCAACAUCGAGGUUCUUCUAGACUCCAGAACGUUCCUGAGCAAACACACGCUGGACAUGCGCUUCUCCUACUGUGAUGAGCGGAUCACACAGUUGCUGGGUUACGACCCUGAGGAUCUCCUUCAGUGCUCUGUGUAUGAGUUUUAUCACGCUCUGGACUCAGACAGUCUCACCAAAGCACAUCUCAACUUGUUUGUGAAGGGCCAGGUGUGUACAGGUCCAUACCGCAUGCUGGUGAAGGGCGGAGGCUUUGUGUGGGUGGAGACUCAGGCCACGGUCAUUUACAACAACAAAAACUCUCAGCCCCAGUGCAUCAUCUGUCUCAACUACGUCCUCAGCGGUGUCGAGGAACCCGAGCUCGUUCUCUCUCUCCAUCAGUCGACGAUAAAACAGGAGACGGAGGACGCUGCCGGGACAGAGAGACAGACGCAGAGCCAGGAAGCAGCGACUCGGACACACGAGGACAUGGAAGAGGAGGAGAAGAGCGAGGAAGAAUCGGCGCUACAGGCCGACGCUGACGUCACACUCGACUUCACUAACGCAGGAUCGGAGACGUCAGAGCUCAGAGACGCCCCUCUCUACAAUGACGUCAUGCUGCCCUCCACCAGCGUCCUGUCACCCCUGUCCCCGCCCACCGAGCCAGCCUGCGCCACUUUGUCCCGGCUGGAGGACUUUCCCUUCCCGUCACCCUCUGCUCCGACCUCAUCCGGUCGCGGUUCCGCUCAGGCGGAAGAGGAUCUGGAGUUAGAGAUGUUGGCUCCCUACAUCUCCAUGGAUAACGACUAUCAGCUCCAGACUCGCACGCACGCAGACCAUCUCGAUUCUGUCCAGAAAAUCACCAGGACGCCCACAAACCCCCCCGAGACGCAGCAGAGAGAACAGCCGGAUAAAGAUCUGUCUUCCACAAGUCGGCCAAGCCUGAAGAGAAAACUAGAAACCAUUUCUCUGUCUCGUGCCACAGGGCUGGGAUCCGUCUUUCAGGUGGUAACCGACUCGCCUCAGGUCAAGAGGUCAAAGGUCAUAGUGUCAGAGGCUCGUCCACCAGCCGCCAUGCCCGAGACUUUGACUAUACUGCUGCUUCCCUCAGAUGUGUUAAACCAGUUAAUGGUGGGAGGAGCCAUCAUUAAGCCCCUUCCAUAUAUCACUCGUUAGGAUGCGACGUCAAUGCACCUGUCGCUGCCUAAAUGUCUGAUGCAAAAGGGGGAGGAGCUUCGGCAUGCCCCGAAGAUUUUAAAUAUUUAAUAGAUUUCAUUGGUUUUAGAUAAUUUGUACUUUGUCUUACUAUAGUUAAAAAAUGUUUUAUUUACUUUUGUAUGUAUUUAAUAUUAUUUAAAGGCAUUUUUUUUGUCAAAAGCAUAUUACUCGUUAUCAAUAAUCAGCUUAUGACAUUUAACUUUUUUUUUUUACAUUUCUUGGUACAAGAACCCUUUAUUACCUUAUACACUGUAUUAUUCUUUAAAAGCCUCAAAAAUAUUUGUAGGAAUUCGAGCGACAAAGUGAGAUGUGGUGAGAUUUUUCAUACGGUUGAUGCUAACGCUAAAUCUGCCUCUAACCCCGCCUCUAAACCUACCUCAACAUCUAACUCCGCCUCUAACCAUGUCCACCUCUAGCUAGACAAGAGACGACGCACUGAACCCACGAUGCGCGGCAGAACCAAGGGACCAUGUUGACACAAAUACAGUUUAAAGUUAGAAUCUGUGCGAAAUUUAUAAAUAUAUAUAUUUAAAGAUCAUAAUAAUACAAUAUAUUUAAAGCCUUAAACGUUGAGGGCAGCUCGGUGUGAUCCUGCGCUCCUGCUGGGUGAGACUCCACCUGGUGCACGAGCGCCUCACACUCACCGGAGUAAUUACACUGAGGUUUUGUACAUUUGCUCAUUACAACCAAAUGUAUUUCUGGUCAUGGCCAUUGCCGGCACUUACACACUCUCACAAACACACACACACACACACGCGCGCAAACAGCGGUUUAGAUGCAAGCGUGACGAACAUAAAUCGCAGGCAAGGCUUUAAUGCUCGCUUUAAAUCUUCCGUCUUCUGUAUUCUCUCAUGUCUACCUCUGAUACUCACCCCGCCUCUGACACUUACGCCGCCUCUGCCACUCACCCCGCCUCUGACACUUCCCCCGCCUCUAACUCUUACCCCGCCUCUAACACUCACCCCGCCUCUAACACUCACCCCGCUUUUUACACUUACCCCACCUCUAACCCUAACAAUAACCCCGCCUCUGGCCCUCACCCCGCCUCUGACCCUUACCCCGCAUCUUACACUUACCCCACCUCUAACCCUUACAAUAACUCCGCCUCUAACACCCCGCCUGUAGCACUCACCCCGCCCCUAACCCAAACAUUUUCCCCGCCUCCAACACUCACCCUACCUCUAACCUUAACAGUUACUUAUUUUGAUAAUGUUGUUUUAUUAUAUAUAUCUUUCAUGUGUGCUUCCAUAAAUGUAUGUGUUUUAGGAGAAAGAAACUUAAAAAACAUGAAUGUGUUUAAUCUAGUGUUAAAAUUAUUAUUUUUUUGCUUUAUUGCUUUGUCUCGCUUCUUCAGGUUCCUUCAGCGCACAAUCCAGUAAAUGAAUCUAUUUAAUGUAUGCGGUGUUUAAACGCACUCGGCUUCAGACGCACAAAUGUAGAAACAGAAACGAUUACCAGCAGCUCUCGCAAUAUCAAUUUUUUAUAUUUACUGUCACUCAAAAUCUCUGUCUCGUUCUAGAACCAAAGUAAACGUGUCGAACGUGUGAUGUCUGCUGGCCCGCUAUACCCGUGUGUUAGAGAUUUAAUCAUGUCUGAGAUAUAGAUCUAAAGUAUAGGAAAUGUAUAUAAAAUACAUUAUAAAAUAUUUUAAAAAUGACUAUUAAAGAUUGUUUAAAUGUGAUUAUUUUAUGCUAACAUUAUGUAAUUUAUUGAAUGUGUAUAUACGUGUGUUUAUGUGUUAAUAUUUUUGUCAGUAUAUAAGUCGGAAUUCCUGUUGAUUAUCCUGGUGUCAUGUGUCACGUUGCUGCUGUUGUUCGCUCCCUUUAAGUGUUAGUCGUGAGUUCUGACGUGUUUGUGUGCUGUGCAGGGAAAUCACAUCUGUGUUUAAACUUAAAUUAAAGUCACUGUGGCUGGUUUUGGUGCUGCGCUGAUUCCAUACGUGUACAAACUGUACAUUACAGAUAAUUAUUAUAACAACUCUCAUGUACAUUAGGAUAUUAGGAUGAGUAAACGUGUCUGUAGGAACAGAGCAGUUACAGUAAUGUCUCGCUGUUAUGCCUGUGUGAUAAGAGAUUUAAACGUGUCUAAAAUAUUAGAUCCAACAUUUAUUAAAUAUAUACUAAAUACAUUAUUACAUAUUUUAAAAGUAAAAAUUAAAGAUUGA